AUGGCCGACGCUGCCUGGGCCGAGCUCUGCAGCGGCGAGUCGGCGGCGAAGCAGGCGGCGGUGACCAAGCUCCUGCGCAAGCAGGAGAAGGCCAAGGUCGUCGAGAAGAAGCGCAACGCCGUCCUGAAGAAGAAGAAGAAGGAGAAGAAGGCGCCGGCCCCCGAGGUCGAGGUGCCCGCGCCGGAGCCGGAACCACCAAAACCGCCGCCGCCGCCGGAGACCGCGGUCGCGCUCCUGCGGCGCCUCGCGCGCGCGAUCCAGCAGCUCGGCGACGAGCGGAGCGAGACGCGGACGCAGGGGUUGGAGACGAUCGCGCGCGUCGUCGACGCGCCGCUGCCCGAGGCGACGCUCGAGGAGCUGCUCCACGCGCUCGCGCGGCCGCUGCUGCUGCGCUUCGAGGACCCCGUGGAGAAGCACCGCGAGCGGGCGAUCCGCGUCUUGAACGGGCUCUGCGGCCGCGUGCGGGACCUGACGCCCCACAUGCCCUACGUCUUCCCCAUGCUCCACGGCCGCGGGUCGCCCGCCGUCGGGCUGGACGUGGAGGCGGGCAUCUUCGUCUUCGAUCUCGAGGAUCACGCGGCGUUCAAACGAGGCAAGGCCCAGGCGCGGCCGGACCUCGCGUGCGCCUUCGAGCGCGAGCGCACGCUGCGGACGCGGGAGCCGAGCGAGGAGUUGCGUUUAUUAUUGUGCGAACUAUUGAUCACGUGCACCGCGGGCCGCGCGGCGUCCGUCGUCAACGCGUACCUGCACGAAGCCAUGUUACUCCUCGCGGGCUUCUGCCGCGACACCUUCGGCGAGUUGGCCUUAAAAGCCAUGGAGGGCGUGAAAACCAUCUGCGCCACGGAGGACCUGCAGGACCCCCUCGUGCCCUACGCGGCCGCGCUCGCGCGCGUGUCCAUGCCGAACCUGCGCCACCGCCACGCCAGGGUCCGCCGCGGCGCCGUCGACGCGGUGCGCCGCGCGGUCGCCGUCAAGCACGUCGCCAAGUGGCGCGCCGCCGGCUCCGACGCCAUCGCGGACCUCGUCGGCUUCCGCGAGGACAACGUCAUCCCGACCGCGUCGUUCUACGGCCGCGAGGUCCGCUACAACUACGUCGCCGAACUCACGCGCGACAACAACGUCGCGGUGCGCCAGGCGCUCGUGGACUGCUUCGCCGAGUGGUUCACGCAGACGUUGGACCGCCGCGACUCCCAGCCGCGGCUCCUGGCCUACAUGCUGAACUUCGCCAUCGACCGCGACGAGCGCGUUCGGAAAUCAGCUUUGGACGGCCUCGCCGCCGCGGGCCGCGAGAUGAUGGAGGAGUCGCAGUCGCGCGAGAACAACAUCGAGAAGAUCCAGUACGGCGUCGACGGCGACCCGCGCUGCAACCACGAGCCCGCGGGCCUGCCCUGGCCCCUCGAGAAGCGGCCGUCGCUGGGCGCGCGGACCAUCGUCCGCGCGUUCACGCACCGCGUGAUCCAGCCGACGAUGGACGAGCUCUGCAGCUGGAACGAGGAGGCGCGGACCCAGAGCGCCGUGUUACUGCAGUCCAUGUUCGUCUACUGCGAGGAGCACCUCACGGAGAAGCUCUCGAAGAUCGUCCUAGCGCUGUGCAAGGCUUUAUCGAGGUGCCGCUGCGAGGACUUUGGCGAGGCCCACCGCCAGCGCAUCCUCGAGUGCGGCCGCGUCUUGGGCCGCUACGUCGUGCCCGAGUCCUUCGUGACCUUUUUGGCGCCGCGCGUCGUCGGCGAUCUGGAGGUCAUCCCGGGAGGCGUCGACGCGAGGAGCCGCGGAGACGUCGUCGACGUGCUCGAGGCCAUGCUGCGGGGCUGCAAGCCCGCGGCGGCGCUGCCCCAGGUCUGCGCGCUCGUCGACGUGCUCACGCACGGCUCCCUCGUGGAGACGCGGGACCCGGGCCUACGGGCGUCGGCCGCGCGCGCCGUCGCCACGCUUCUAGAGCUCUGCAACGGGCGCGGCACCGCGGCCAUCGAGGCGGCCUUCGUGGCGACGGGCCGCGUCGAGUCCCUAGACCGCGCGACGGGCGCGCUCUGCUUCGCGCUCCUGGCCUGGCGCGGCGGCGGGGAACACGUGGACGACGCGCUGGCGGCGCUCGCGGUGCUGGACCGGUCGGCGAACGCGGCGCUGCGCCACGCGCCCAAGCUCUUCGCGGGCGCGGCCCUCGACGACGCCGAGGCCGUCGACGCCCUCGCGCUUUUUGAAGCUUUGACGCUCGCCGCCGGCGCGGACCGGCCCGCGCUGCUCGCGGUGUUGGACAUCGCAACGGACGCGGCCUGCCGCGACGUCGAAAGGGCCGUGCUCAAGCAGCUCGGCGUCGACGACGACGAUUUCGGGGAUGCGCCGGCGGCGGCCGGCGACGCCGCGGGCCCGCCGGCGGCGCCCGUCGCCGCGGCCAUCGCGACGCGCGUCGGCGUCGCGCUGGAGGCGCUCGCGGCGCGCGAGUCCGACGACCGGUCGGCCGAGCGCGCCCUCGCGGGCCGCCUCUUCGCCGACGUCGCCCUCGCGCCGGCGGCGGCCUGGGAACACGCGAGCGCCGAGCGCGUCGUGCUCCUCGAGGCGCUUCUGGCGCGCGACGCGUGGCUCGACCGGAACGCGCUCCGCGCGCGCUCCGACGCCGUCGUCGCGGCGCUCCUCGAGCCCUGCGCGAGCUUCAAGUCCACGGACCGCGCCAAGAAGGAGAACGCAUUAUCGUGCCUCGCCUCCGUCGCGGCCGUCGUGCGCGCCUGCGUCGUCGACGCGGGCGACGAGGGCAAGCGGCGGCGCCUCGUCCCGUUUUCCAAGCGCGCCGGCCCGCUCUUCCCGGAAGGCUCGCCCGUCGCCAAAGCCGCGGCGGCGGCCUUCGACACGGCGGACCGCCUGCUGAACCGCGACGACGAGCGCACGAAGCGCGCGGCGCUCGACGUGCUCUGGGAGGUGCUCUACUGUUUGGACGCGAAGCUCGCCCUCGAGAAGUUCCUCGACGCGCUGCUCCCGCACCUGCCGGAGGACUACCCGGAGGACUACCGCGACGACGCGGAGACGCAGGUCGACGCGCUCCUCCGCGCGGCGGCCGUCCUCGACGUCGACGCGUUCCUCAAGGCCGUCCAGGACGCGAGCGCGGCGCAGCGCACGAACGUCCUCUGCUCCCUCGAGGACCACGUCGGCAUGAUCUCCAUGAUGCACCGCUGAGGGUCCGUCGUCUUUUGGCCCACUGUCUUUUUUAGCGAGCACUAACACUAGUCCAUCUU